CUCCUCGGACUAUCUCUUUCCUUUUUGCCAGUUGAUUCCACGCACAAAGACCGUCACCUUAUUACUCCGCAGUAAAGCCUGAAAUCAAUGGCUGAUACAGUCGAAGGCGCCCCUGCUUCUUGCUCCGCAGGUGCAUCGACAGCAAAUCCGGGGCAAAGGUCUCGGAACCAAGCAGCUUGUGAUGUCUGCAGAGCAAGGAAAAUCCGGUGCACGUAUGAUCCCAACUGCCAACGAUGUCAAGGCUGCGAGUUUUUAAAUGUGGACUGUACUCAUGAACGGCCAAGAAGGAAGCGUGGUCCUCCAAACAAACAUGCACAAAAAGCUCAAAGGCAAGUUGCAGGGACCCCAGGAAUCCCUUCUCCAAACAACGUUUCCAUCUCACCAGGCGGAAGCAAUGAUGCUCGCCAAUCAACAACACCACUUCAAAGUCCCCAGUUCCUGGGCCUUGUGAGCCGUUCCGCGACUUGCACCUGCUCUGGACUCAGUAGCAAAUGGCUUUCCGCGUUUGCCCCGGAGCCGAUCAUCAUGCGCCUGCUUGGGGACUGGUUCAAUGUGAUCCACCCUUUAGCUCCGAUCUUACUCCGGCGCCGGUUCCUCCAACGCCUCCAGCAAGGGGUAGCUGACGUUGACGCCGAGUUCUGCGGGCUUGUCAUCAGUGUAUGCGCAGCGACCAAGGCCACACUACCGCGGGGUGACUAUGGGCCAGUGACUGUAGAUUAUUGCGUCGACUUCCUUGAUGCUCACGGACUACUCAAAAGUCAAUUUACCCGAGACUCUUUUAGCAUGGACAGAUGCAUCGCCUUAUACAAUAUCGGGACAGCGAUGAGCGCCACCACAAAAUCGGGGUUGAGCAGUAUGCGCGCCUAUCACGCCUUGAGCGAGGCAGCUGCAGGGGCCAGGUACCUGGCGUAUUAUCGGAUACAUGAGCAUGAUGAGGCUGAACAACAGCUCCUGAGGAGACUCAUAUGGCUAUUAUUUGCUAGCGCAUGUAGUGCGGACAUUUUCGGAAGACUACCCAUCAGCCUACUUAGUCAAGAUCGCAUCGAGAACUUUCCAAGGCCUCUCCCUCUUUCUGACAAUCAGAUGGAGCCUGGAGCCCCAGACAGCUGUCACGAGCCACCUUGGCAUGGAGAUGACACGACCUAUGUCCCAGGACUUAACUCAUUGAGCGACCUAUUCCUCAUCUGGCAAGAGGUGCAGCAAGUUCCCGACGGUACGGAACCACAGACUAUAAUUACGAGAUAUCUUGGAAAGAUCCAACGAGUGUUGGAUAAUCUCCCGCCCGAGCUGCGGUGGCGUGGCGGUCUGUCACGUCCCGCACAUGUCACAGAGGGACACGACGUCCAAAUCGCCAAUUUAUUUGUGACAAGCCUCAACAUCCGCUCCAACAUUCUUCAGAAAUUUGGGCCAACGGACAAAAGCGCACUAGAACAUCAGAAAAUCGUAGACGACCUGUUAGAAAUCCUGUACCAUCUUCCCCGGGCUGUCUUUGAUGCAAACGGCAGCAGCCUUGUCCCCAAGAUUCGGGACAUUGGAGCCGCGUACCUUGAACAGACUCAAUUGGGGGAUGGCGUGGGUGAAGUGGAGAUAGGGGAUGCGAGAAUUAAACUCGAGCGAUUACUUCGGAAGCUAGAUGAUCUAGACUGUUGGCAGGGAAUUGGGGUGCUCGACACUCCGCCCUUGAGGGUAGAAACGUGACCCGAAUAAACAGACAUCAGAUCAUUAUUACCCAAGUCGGAACUGCAGAAUGGGGGAGCCUUGGUCAACACUACCCAAACUUCGGAGACCUUUGCCCCGCAACCGGGAGUGCUAC